UCCUCUUGCUCCCUGGCUCUGCGAGAGUUCAGGAUUUGGGUAGCCAUACGUGGCAGCGAGGGCAAAGGGACCGGGAGAGUGGGGACCAGAACCAAAGGUGUAGUGGAAGAUGCCCAUCCUGCUGUUCCUCAUAGAUACGUCCGCCUCCAUGAACCAGCGCACUGACCUGGGCACCUCCUACUUGGACAUUGCCAAAGGCGCUGUGGAGUUAUUCUUGAAGCUGCGAGCCCGGGACCCAGCCAGCCGCGGAGAUAGGUACAUGCUGGUCACCUAUGAUGAGCCUCCGUACUGCAUCAAGGCUGGUUGGAAGGAAAAUCACGCCACAUUCAUGAACGAACUGAAAAAUCUUCAGGCUUCUGGACUGACCACUCUUGGUCAGGCUCUAAGAUCCUCAUUCGAUUUGCUAAAUCUCAAUAGAUUAAUAUCUGGAAUAGACAAUUAUGGACAGGGGAGAAAUCCGUUUUUCUUGGAGCCGUCUAUUUUAAUUACCAUCACAGAUGGAAACAAGCUAACAAGUACUUCUAGCGUUCAAGAAGAGCUUCAUCUUCCUUUGAAUUCUCCUCUGCCUGGAAGUGAACUAACCAAAGAACCUUUUCGUUGGGAUCAAAGGUUAUUUGCCCUGGUGUUGCGCUUGCCUGGAGUGGCUUCCACCGAACCAGAGCAACUAGGGAGUGUACCAACUGAUGAAUCGGCCAUCACACAGAUGUGUGAAGUCACAGGAGGUCGCUCCUACUGUGUAAGAACACAAAGAAUGUUGAAUCAGUGUUUAGAAUCACUAGUUCAAAAAGUGCAGAGUGGUGUAGUUAUUAAUUUUGAAAAAACAGGGCCAGAUCCGCUUCCUGUUGGAGAAGACGGACUGAUGGAUCUGUGUAGGCCAAGCAACUUAUUUGCUGCCCAGCCAUGGCAUAGCUGCCAUAAACUCAUCUAUGUGCGACCUAAUUCGAAAACUGGUGUUCCUGUUGGACACUGGCCAAUUCCAGAAUCUUUUUGGCCAGAACAGAAUUUACCUUCACUACCUCCACGAACAUCUCAUCCUGUUGUGAGGUUUUCUUGUGUCGAUUGUGAACCAAUGGUUAUAGAUAAACUGCCCUUUGACAAAUAUGAACUUGAACCUUCUCCCUUAACUCAGUACAUUCUGGAAAGAAAAUCUCCUCAUACUUGCUGGCAGGUGAUUGUCACCAGCAGUGGAAAAUACAAUGAGCUUGGAUAUCCAUUUGGUUAUUUAAAAGCUAGUACGACUUUAACUUGUGUAAACCUCUUUGUGAUGCCUUACAACUACCCAGUUUUACUUCCUCUUUUAGAUGAAUUGUUUAAAAUUCACAAGCUUAAGCCAAAUGUGAAGUGGCGACAGGCUUUUGACGGCUACUUAAAAACCCUGCCUCCGUACUACUUAAUACCAUUAAAGAAAGCACUAAGGAUGAUGGGAGCUCCAAAUCUGAUAUCAGAUAAUUUAGAUUGUGGACUUAGUUACAGUGUUAUCUCUUACCUUAAAAAACUCAGCCAACAGACCAAAAUAGAGUCCGAGCGAAUACUAGCAUCAGUGGGGAAGAAACCCCCCCAGGAGAUUGGUAUCAAAGUGAAAAAUUAUUCUGCAAGUGGCCUGGCCUUGGCUCACAAUAAAAACUUUAGAAAACUGUUGAAAGAAAUCAUAGGGGAAAAUGCACCGAGACUGAUGGAACUGACUACCAAAGAAUUUGCUGGCUUCCAAAUAGGGCUCUUCAACAAGGAUGUGAAACCUCAGACAUAUAGAAAUGCUUAUGAUAUUCCACGUAGAGGACUUUUAGACCAGUUGACCAGAAUGAGAUCCAAUCUACUGAGAACACGGAAGUUCAUUGUUGGACAAGAUGAAGAUUCACUUCAUAGUGUCCCAGUUGCACAAAUGGACAACUAUCAGGAGUAUCUAAAGAUGCUGGCUUCACCACUCCGAGAGAUUGAUCCGGAUCAACCAAAAAGACUGCAUACUUUCGGCAAUCCAUUUAAGCAAGAUAAAAAGGGAAUGAUGAUUGAUGAAGCAGAUGAGUUUGUGGUAGGGCCACAAAACAAAGUGAAGCGUCCUGGAGAGCCCAACAGUCCUAUGUCAUCUAAGAGAAGGCGGAGCAUGCCCCUGCUGUUGAAGAAACCACAAACACCUCCUCUUGUCAUCAACCAUCUGGGCGGAAAGGGACUACUCUCAGCCUCAUGGUUCCCAUCUUGUCCAACCUUCCUCAAACCCACCCUUGUACAUCCAGAUGCCGCUGUCAUUCAUGAUCUCCAUGAAGAGAAGAUGGAAAAUGGGCAAAGCGCAGCCCAUGGCUUCUUAUUAAAAUCUGCUCCGGCAGAGUUUAUGAAUGUGGCAGAAGAUGGCCUUAUAUCCAACCAAUUGGAUUCACUGUCCGAUGACUUUACUGGUCUCAGGAAAGACGGACUCAUUCACAAACCUAGUAACAGUUUACUCCUAGGAGGAGACAAAAGCUGCGGUCUUUCUGUAGAUGACAGAAAAAUCGCCAUGGCGUCUGCUUUGGAAACUGUGCCAAAUUCAAUGCAAAUCACUCCUGCGAUGGCACAAGGCAUCAAUGCCGACAUCAAGCACCAGCUGAUGAAGGAAGUUCGAAAGUUCGGACGGAAGUAUGAAAGGAUUUUCAUUUUGCUUGAAGAAGUGCAGGGACCUCUGGAGACGAAGAAACAGUUUGUUGAGUUCACCAUCAAGGAAGCUGCAAGGUUUAAAAGAAGAGUCUUAAUUCAGUACCUUGAGAAGGUACUAGAAAAAAUAGAUUCCCAUCCCCUUCUUAACAAUGUGAAUCACAUCAACAGCAGAUCAUCAUGUUAAUACCAAGACAAGUGAGGAAAAAGAAACGCCUUUUCUGUGCUGUAGGCUGGAAUGGGACCUUCCUGAAGCCCUCUAGAAUGUUUGAGUGAAGGGAAUGAAUGACCUAACUCAGGCUAAGAAAAGCGCUUGACUAGAGCUUUUAAUGAUUAUCUGGAAGUAAAGCUGGGCUUCUGCCUUAAGAGUUAUAAUGGAAAGUAUUUUUUUAUUUCAUUGUUUAUUUUUCCAGUUAGGAAAAGCGAUGUGAAAUCACACAGCAUUGCUGCUCCUGUUACAGCUAAUAGAGUUCUCUCAUUGGAGCGUUACCAUUCCAGACGUUUUCUGAGUGGGCAGGGGCCACCCGCAAGGAGAGCACUGCCUAGUGUCCUCGUUGUGUCCAGUAGAACAAGUAGGUGUGUAGAAUCAAAGUGGUCAUCAUGUGCUCAACAGAAUUUUCCACAAUUUCUAGCUGUGCCUUUUAAACCAUGUAAUAUUCAGGAUAGUUGGAAUCAAAGAGUAAAAAGCUGCUAUUUAGGUAACUUAUUUGUCUCUGGGAAGGGGCAGGGAGAGUAACCAAGCAAUCUACCUCCAGUGCUCUUCCAUUGUGUCUAGAAAGAUUGCAGAGUGCACCUGAGGCUUCACUGACCUCUGACACUUGUUCUUGCAUGUGACAACAGAAAGUCUUCAGGUAGACUUGGACAUUUUGUGCUUUGGAAGCACUAAAAGGAAAAAUAAUAUGUAUAUUUUCUUUGAUGUUUAUAUAAAAAUUUAUAUGGAGCAGUAUUGUUGUUUAUUUGUAAAAAUGUAAGUGAUCAAAGAGAUUUUCACUUUGCAUAUAUGAAAUAAAAUCCUUUUAUUGAUU